ACUCUGUAUUUUAUGUCAAAUGUCACAUACACAAAAAAUAUACCAAUUUUUCACCGGAAUUUUCGAUUACAUUUUCGUUUCCUGCUAAUACUUCGCUAAACCACUCCGAACAUGGCGGCAGCGCCGCUGUCCGACGAGGUGACGAAGGCGCAGGCCGUGGCGGAGCCGCCGGCGGGGCCCACGAUCUUCGACAAGAUCAUCGCGAAGGAGAUCCCCGCAGACAUCAUCUACGAGGACGACAAGUGCCUCGCCUUCAACGACAUCGCGGCGCAGGCGCCCGUGCACUUCCUCGUCAUCCCCAAGAAGAGGAUUGCUCGGCUGCAGGACGCGCAGGAUGAUGAUGAGGCGCUCCUGGGUCACCUGAUGCUGGUGGCACGUCAGCUUGGCAACAAGAAGUCUCCAGGUGGGUGGCGCCUGGUCGUGAACAAUGGGCGGGACGGAGCUCAGAGUGUGUACCACCUGCACUUGCAUGUCCUCGGGGGAAGGCAGAUGGGCUGGCCCCCGGGGUAACACUGCGGUGGAGCUUUAGCAAUGUGCUGGAUGGAGUGGAAAAUGAUGUGAAGACCUAGUUGUGUUAAGUGUAAUGAAAAUGAUUCUUAAGACUGAUGGUGAGGAAGUAUCCAGCAUUUUGUGUCACAGUUAGUUUGCGAUUGGCUUGAAUACUGUCAUAUUUUGUACUUGCAACCUAUCUAUGUUCAGCCAAUUUAUCACAUAUUAUCAAUAAAUGCAUUUUUUGUUAUAAA